AAUACUUUAAGUCGAUUUACUGAAGUCAAAUUAGAUAGAAUCCAUGAACAGUGGGAAGGUGAUAUCCCAAGGUUUAGUGUAUACCCCGAGGUGUAGCCAAACCCCUGUAUCCUUAUAACGCGUUAAUGUGGUGGUUGUUUGCUAAAUCAAGAAACCGAUAAGCUCGAGUCUCAUGAUGUAUUGCCCAGAACAACUGUAAUGCCUUUCGAAGCAGUACCAGAUAAUGAAAGCCAAACUCCACAAUUUUAUUCACCAAUAGAAAGCUGCGAUGACUAUGCUAGUCUUGAACACAAAAUCAAGAAGUUGGAGGAGGAUAUUAAAAACGUGUCAAUUUAUCUCAACGAAAUAGGAGAACAAAUUAUAACUAAGGAGGAUAUUGGAAGAAACGAUCAACAAUUUGAUGAAAUUAAAGCCCCAAGCAGUUGCUUACAAGAAAGUGAUUUUAAUCAGCAAAAACCGCAUGAUUCUCUUACGAAUUCUUGCAGAAGGCAGCAAAACCACCAUACAUCCCAUGCUCUUAAUUUCGAACAAGGUACUAGUUGUAUUGCAUUUGGGUUGAAUAUUGACAAAGUUACAGCUGAACAUGCAAAUUCAAAUCAAACUCCCCCAAAGUCCCUUUCUUGGCAGAGGUGCCCACCUAUAUAUCUGAUGAAAAAUAGUGUAGGUGACAACAAUCAAGAGCAAUAUAUUCAAACAUUUAAAAAAGUAAAUACUUGUCAAACGGAAGUAGAGCGGUCACCUCCUCCAUUUCAUUCUACCCCAUUAAGUCAAAGCAAUCUUAAAUGUCACAAAACAUAUCAGUCUGAACGAAUUUUCGAUGGGGGUUAUAGUAAGUGUUCCGAAGGUCUUCAUUUACACCAUAAGAAGUAUGAAAAGGGCAGACCAACACCCAAUCGCCGUGGUCUAAACAAAAACUGUAGAUUACUGAAAAGUAGCGAAAACUCUAAAAACCAUCACCAACCCCACCGCAGAAACUCUUCUGCAACUGGAAAACUCAAAUAUCAUAAGAAGACUGAGGCUUCCAUUGAUUUUCUUAAUGAAGUUGGUUCUAGUGAAGAGCUGGAGUUUGUUGAUAAGCAGCUUCCUGUGGUGACAAAGGAUUUAUACAACGUCAUUGUGGAUAUGAUAGGAGAGAUUCAAAUUCCCAACAUACUUCUGACUGUUCUACCGAAAUCAAAUAGUCUCUAUUGCAUUAAUGUAUCUGUGGCAUACACUGGACAGUCUAUGGGAGAUGUUUAUACAACCAAAAUUGCCCUACGACAGGCUGAACGCAUGAAAUUGUUUAAAAGAUUUUUAACAUUUUUUGUUAUAAACUCUAAUGGAUUCUUGAAGCAAAAGAAUCACAUUUUGGGAUAUUCUUACGCAAUUAUUAAUUUAGAAAAUGGACGAUAUAAAACAAAUCAUGCCAAAUUGCAAUUUCGAAGCGUUGCUCAUAACAAGAAUGAUAUGUCAGUUGGCUAUGAUAUGAAUCAAAAGCCUGUGGCCAUAGAUGAACCCCGUUUUAUCCCUAAAAGAUCCAUUAAUAGCAACACACGUCUUAAGGCUGGUACAGAAUUCGAGGAAUUUAGUGAGGCAACCCAUUUAGUAGGAACACCUGACAGGUCCUUUAGUGAACGUUUGCAACUAUUAGCCAAUAAGGCUAGUGGCUUUGAUCAGAAACUGGAAGAUAUUGGCAUAAAGCUAAUACCUCGACAAGUACUACAACAAUGUCUUCAUCUUUUCCAAGCCAUAGUGGAGUUGUAUAAACUAUACAAGGAUAUCAAGCAACUAAAUGACCCUUUGGCUGACCAUAAUGAAGAACAUCUAAAUAUUUCAUCUGAAUAUUACAAACUUUUAGCGGAUACCAAUCGCCAAGCCAUGAUGCUGGAGCAGCAACUAAUGUCUAUGAAGAACUUGCGCCCAGAAGAACGUAUGUUAGGGAAACGAACGCAAGAGUUUUUGGAUUCCAAGAAACACUUAGGCCUAGUAGCAAAUGUUGGAAAUGACAACGAAGUUCUAAACAAACGUAACUUUAAUCCCCAACCGGAAAUACUGUUAGAUAAUGAAACAUGCUGUGGAAAAUCGAAAAUGACCAAAGAAUCUCCAAGAAUGAAAUGUAAAACAGUCCCAAAUAAUAUAUGUCAGCCAGAUUCUAAGGACUCACCAUUUGGUGCCACUGCAUCGCAAGCUAAGAAUGGCGCCCAUAUUGAUAGUUUAAGCAAAUUAGCCGAUUCUCAAAAGCAAAAUAUGCCAUGGAGCCAAGCUGAUCAAAUCAACGUUAAAUAUCCCAUUAUACAUUUUAAUCUUUGCAAAGCCGUUGAAGAUCUCAUAGACAGCCUUCAGUUAUCAUCAUUUGCAUUGACCAUUGUUCCAAACAGGAAUAAUAAUCUCUAUCUUAUACAUGUUUCAUGUAUUCAUUCUGGUGAAUCAUUGACCUGCCUAUUUGCCACUGAACAGGCUUUUGAAGAAGCCCAACAGUUUGGACUUUUUAAUAGGUUCUUAACCUUUUUCAUCAUUAAUUCGAAAGACAACGAAACACUUUUGUUCGAGCAUUCGUUUGAAAUCGUUGAUGAUAUAGAGUAG